GUUAGCUAAAAACUAAUUAGUUUCCAUUUGGCUUACAUAUACAGCACCCCAUCAGUUUUUAGCCCUUCGCCUAUUUUCUCCAGAGGAGGUGAGUGGGCCCAACAUCCAUCCAUCUUGAAGCAAAACACAGCAAAAAUGGCGAUGGUUCUGGAUGCUUUUGCAUCUUACAUGCAAAAUAUGCUGAGGGAGUUGGUGACCGAAGAGGUGCACAUGCUGCUUGGAGUUGGAGACGAGAUCGACAAGAUGGAUGCCAAGCUUAGGGACCUCAAGAACUUCCUCGCUGAUGCUGAUAGGAGAAAUAUCACUGACAGUAGCGUGCAAGAGUGGGUGGGGCAGCUCAAGCGCACCAUGUAUGAAGCUGUUGACAUCCUUGACCUCUGCCAACUCAAGGCCAUGGAGCACGGUCCGUCCACUGUAGAUGUGGGGUGCUUUAACCCCUUGCUCUUUUGCCUGCGUAAUCCCCUCCAUGCACAUGUAAUUGGUAGCCGCAUCAAGGUGCUCAACCAGACACUCGACAUCAUCAGGGAGCGCAGCACUUCUUUCAGCUUUAUCAAUCUCGGUUCCUAUGAGGGUCGUAGCAGAAAGGUGCACGCAUCUCGUUCUGGUAAUCCCAGCCGUGAGACGUCAUGGGAGUUCGACCGAUCAGGUUUGAUUGGGGAGAAGAUCAAAGAAGACACAAGAUCGCUGGUCGAGAUCAUGCUGACUGAAAAAAAAGGCAAUUCCAACAUCAUGGUUUUUGCCAUUGUUGGCGUUGGCGGGAUCGGUAAGACCACUCUCGCUCAGAAGGUCUUUAAUGAUGAAACCAUGAAGGCUGAGUUUGAUAAGACGAUAUGGUUGAGCAUCAACCAGGACUUCGACAAGGUUGAGCUGCUCAGGACAAUCAUCACGCUCGCUGGGGGAAAGCACAAUGGUGAAAAGGCAUUGGCUGUGCUUCAGCCAAUCCUUACCACUGCCUUGACUGGGAAGAAGCUAUUGCUGGUGCUAGAUGAUGUCUGGAGCCAAGGAGCAUGGGGUGAUGUACUUGAGAUACCCUUGGCUAAUGUUGUGGCUAAAGGUAGCCGAGUCCUCCUCACUACUAGAGACGAAAGAGUUGCUCGAGGGAUGAAAGCAGUGCUUCCCUACCACCAUGUCGACAAAUUAGAGGAGGAGGAUGCCUGGUCAUUGCUCAAGAAACAGAUAAUCUCAAGUGAGACAGAUGCCCGUGACAUUGAGAUGCUAAAGGAUAUUGGCUUGCAAAUUGUAGCAAAAUGUGAUGGUUUGCCUCUUGCUGUCAAAGUAAUGGGAGGACUCUUGUGUCAAAAGGAUAAUCAGCACCUUGAGUGGAAGAUGGUUCUGGAUGAUUCUAUAUGGUCAGUAUCUGGUCUGCCCGAAGAGCUAAACCAUGCAGUAUAUUUAAGCUAUGAAGAUUUACCUUCUGGCAUCAAGCAAUGUCUUCUAUACUACUCCCUUCUCCCUAAAACUGCAAUGUUCCUAAGAGACGACAUAAUUGGCAUGUGGAUUAGUGAAGGAUUUCUUCAUGGACCCUCAGACGACUUAGAAGACUUAGGAAGAAAGUACUAUAAGGAGAUGAUACAGCGGAACCUCAUAGAGCUAGAUUCAGAGUACAUUGAUCAAUCAUUUUGUAACAUGCAUGAUGUCAUUCGCUCGUUUGCUCAAUUUGUUGCUAGAGAUGAGGCACUAGAAGCUCACAGUGGAGAAACUAGUUUCGUUAGUAAACUUAGUGCACAAAAGCUUAUUCGGUUAUCUCUAGAAGGCAAAGCAUCAGAAUUAGAUGGGUUAGGCUGGAGUUCUUUACAAGCACAUAGCGCAUUGAGAACACUCAUAUCAGUUGGCCAUAUGAAUAUGAAGCUCAGUGAUUCAUUGGUUCGUUUUCCAUGUUUACGGACUCUACAUAUAGAGUCUGCACAUGUUGCGUUGGUGGAAUCUUUGCAUGAAUUCAAGCACCUGAGGUACUUGUCCUUAGAACGAUCUGAUAUAUGUAGUCUGCCAGAAAGCAUUGGGAAAAUGAAAUUUUUGCAGUACAUUAGCCUUAGAGGAUGCCAGCAAUUUGUAGAACUUCCACAUAGCAUUGUAAAGUUAGGGCAACUAAGGUACCUUAACUUUCAGAAUACAAGUAUAAAUGGCGUACCUAAGGGAUUCUGUGUUCUGACAAAUUUGAGGAAAGUAAAUGGAUUUCCAGCCCUGGUGGAUGGUGAUUGGUGCAGCUUAGAAGAGUUGGCCCCCCUUUCUUGUCUCAAGUAUCUUGAAAUACAGGGAUUGGAAAAUGUAACUGCCUCCUCAUUCGCAGCAAAGGCAAAGCUUCUUGAGAAGGUGCAUCUUACCAACCUAUGCUUAACAUGCGGUACUAGAUUUGGGAAUGAUGGGCUGAUUGAAGAUAUGGCCUCUGAGGAAGAGAACCAACGAAUCGAGAAGGUAUUUGACGAGCUCUGCCCUCCCCCCAGCUUAAAUUUUCUUGCCAUAGAAGGGUAUUUUGGUCGACGGCUCCCAGGGUGGAUGAUGUCAUCAUCAGAUGUGCCCCUCAAGAGCUUGAGGAUUCUGAUGGCUGAAGACCUGGCUUCGUGCACACAACUUCCUGAUGGCUUGUGUCAACUCCCCUGUUUGGAAUUCAUUCAAAUCGACCGCGCUCCGGCCAUCAAGCGUGUUGGACAUGAAAUCCUGCAGUCCUAUCACCUCCAUAAUCCUCAUCCUUCCGGGGCGGUGGCUGCAUUUCCGAGAUUGCACACGAUGAAGUUACUGGGCAUGGUGGGAUGGGAUGAGUGGAAGUGGGAAGAACAAGUGCAAGCCUUUCCCGCCUUGAAGGAGCUUAUUCUAUCUGAGUGCAAAUUGAGGUGUCUUCCUCCUGGCCUUGCCUCACAGGCAAGGGCUUUGAAUGUGUUAUCUAUACAACAGGUCAUGGGUCUUACCUCUGUAGAGAACUUUUCUGCCCUGAUCGAGCUGCAAGUGAUUGAAAGCCUUGACUUGGAGAGGAUCACUAAUCUCCCCAGACUGCAGAAGCUAACCAUUACCCACUGCCCAAAGUUGAAGGUGCUGGAGGGUGUUCCUGCACUACAGAGGCUCAUGAUCAAGGAUGGCACUAUGGAGAUACUCCCAGAAUACAUGGCAGGUUUAAACCCAAGGCGUUUGGAGCUCCACUGCAGCCUAGGGCUGCUCGCUUUCAUAGCUGCUGCACAAUCUGGCCCCGAGUGGGACAAGUUCUGCCAUGUUGAGCAUGUCAAGGCAUAUGCACGUGAAGGAGAUAAUCCAAGGAAAUGGUAUGUCUUGUACACAACUAACCCCUACAACUUGGAGACAAAUGUCAGCUGCUCUGCUUUCAUGUGUAGAGAAUCUUUAUCUUCUUUUGAGUACACGCAAAGAUUUGAGUCUGUCUUCAAAAUGACAAGAAAAACCUUUAGCUACAUCUGCAGCUUGGUGAAGGUGGUGUCAUUGGAAGAUAAGAAGGUGUACACCUUUGUUGAUGGGAGGGUAUUGUCUUUAGAAGAUCGAGUAGCCAUUGCUCUGAGAUGGUUGUACUCUGGUGAGCCACCGGAGAAUUUAGGAUCCUCUGUUGGUGUGAACGAGUCAACCGUCUUGAUGGUAACUGAGAGGUUCGUUGAUGCUGUGUACAAGCGAGCAAGGAAGCACUUGUGCUGGCCAGACUCUAGUGAGAUGAAUAAGAUCAAAUCCAUGUUUGACAAGAUCCACAGUAUGCAUAAUUGCUGCGGUGUUAUAUGUACAACUCACAUUCCAUUUCGACCAAACUGCGACCAUGAGAUGAAUGACUGCUUUCUACUGCAAGCCGUCAUUGAUCCACAGAUGCGGUUCACAACCAUUUGGUUGGCAUCGUCAGGUAGCAUGAGCCAAUCGGGCCUUUUGCAGGACUCUGAACUCUUCAAGGAGUGUGAGAAGGGUACUUUGCUGAAUGGCAGCAAGCUAAAGGUAGCUUUAGAUGGAUCAGAAAUCGGGGAAUACUUUAUCGGUGAUGCAGGAUACCCUCUUCUGCCCUGGCUACUCACACCCUACCAGGAAUUAGGCCUCUUAAACUCCAAGACAGAGUUCAAUAGGAGACAUUCUGCGGUCACAACCUGCAUAACAAAGGUGCUGGCAAGGUUCAAAGACACUUGGAAGUACCUGCAGGGAGAGACAUCGUGCCCGGUCAGUCUAGACAGUCUAGAUAAGGUAAUAUAUGUCUGCUGCAUGUUGCAUAACAUAGUUGUAGAUAUGGAGGAUGAUGCAGCCAUGCCAAGAGUUAAGGAGAGGAGUUACUGCGAGGAAGUGCGCCAGAUAGCAAAUGAGGACGCUGUCAGAGCAAGGGAUAUGCUGUCGCAACACUUGAUGAGCAGGUCAUCCGAAUCGGCAGUAGGGCCAGUGGAUACAGAGGAAGAUCAUGAAGUAGUUUCAUUAGGCUCAGGGCACAAAGGCAAGGAACAAGAAGUGCAGACAAGAACAGCUGAGGAAGAAAGCCAGGAAAUCGUUACAUAAAAGUACUUCUUCCUGCCACAUCUUCCAGCUUCAUUCUAGGUACUACUGCUAGCACGCUGAAGUCAUGUCACAGCUUCCUUCUGCUUGGUUUGUUCUAUUGAUAUGACACUAAUGUCAGUGAGAAUCUUUAACUGAUUAACUCUUUUGUAGUGUUAACAAUUUUAUUCUCUUUGUUGUCCUCGAGAUUUGAUAGAACUCGUGUUAUUAUCAUGUUCAUAGCACUAA